UGCGCAUGCGCGAGCUGGCUUGCCGAAGGUCCGCUUCCCGUAGCACAGCAUUGGAAAGCAUUGAGAGCUUUCUGCGCAUGCGUGAUCUGGCUUGCCGAAGGUCCGCUUCCAGUAGCACAGCAUUGGAAAGCAUUGAGAGCUUUCUGCGCAUGCGUGAGCUGCCUUGCCGAAGGUCCGCUUCCAGUAGCACAGCAUUGGAAAGCAUUGAGAGCUUUCUGCGCAUGCGUGAGCUGGCUUGCCGAAGGUCCGCUUCCAGUAGCACAGCAUUGGAAAGCAUUGAGAGCUUCUGCGCAUGCGUGAGCUGGGGAGGGGAGGGAGUAGGGCUCGUCCACAUUCCAUGAGUCAUGCCGACACACCACAACACCGCCAUUCGCUAAUAUUAGAAAGGACCCGGAUGGAGGAGGCAGCGGAGGGGCGCAUGCGCAGUUAGUGCGAGGGGGCGGAGCAAAGGAAAAAAAAGGCGCCAAAUUUCCAAAGAGGAGUUUUUGGCUUUUUUUACCUCAGGAAAUGGCACUCAAGGCUUCAUGAGGAACUUCCAGCAAAAACAUCUAGACUUUUGAACCAACUGUGGAUUAUUACGAACACUUCAAAGACACUCUGAUCUACAAUGCCAAGCCCCAAAAAUAAAGAACUCAAGAAGAGGCCCAAAAAAGUCUUUGCAUCUCCAGUUAGACCGUGCCAUUCUCCAGUUCUAAAAGGCAAGUCAGAUGGGCUCUCAUGGGAACAGGAAGAUGUGGAAGUGAAAGAGGCGCCCGAUCUUCUGAGCCAUGCUGCAGGUGAUGGAUUGUCAACCGGACCCAUGAAAGCUGGCAAAACCCCAAAUAAGAGGAAGAAGGAGGGAACUUCUAGGAAGAAAGAUUCAGACAUGUCCAAAGAGAAUGAAGGUUGCCUCACUGACGCACAGUUUGAGAAGAUUUUCCAGAGCGUGCUUCAGAGGCCUUUGCAGGACUGCAUUGAAAACUCUGGGAGGAAAGGUUUCUCUGCAGAGCCUCCAGAGGAAAAAGGCCCGGGGAGGGUAACUUUGGAAGUAUCCUUGGCUGCAAAGAAUGGCAUCUCCAGAAAUAAAAGAGUGGUGAAAAACAAACCAGUGCCAUUAGAAACAGAAAAGAAGGCACACUGGUUCAGAAAGAAGCAUCACAGCAAGAACACGGAAGGGGAAAAUGAGGAACCAGGAGCAGACAAUGGAGGGUGUAAGGAAAACCGGAAAGCAGCGCCCAAGAAAAAAGUUCAAGGCAACGCCUCAGUCGUCAUUGACCAAGAGGAAAUGCAGGAGGAGGAAGAGGAGGAGGAGGAGGAAAUAGGCCGAGAAGGAAGUGGCAGCAGUGAACAGAACCCUCCCAGUUGCUCCAGUUGGUGCAUUGCAUGGAUCCAGUGCUCCGGCCCAAACUGCCAGAAGUGGAGGCGACUCAGCAGCAAGAUUGACCCCUCGGUUCUGCCAGAGGACUGGUCCUGUAGCCAGAACCUGGAUCUCCAGUACAACAGCUGCAGCAUUUCUGAGGAGUCCUGGUCAGGAACAGAAGGCGAGAUGGUCUAUGCAGCUUAUGUUCCAGGGUCACUCGUAUGGGCCAAGCAAUAUGGAUACCCAUGGUGGCCUGGGGUCAUAGAGGCUGACCCUUACCUCGGAGAGUAUCUCCUGUUUUCUUCCCAAACAGAUUCACUUCCUUCCAAGUACCACGUGACCUUCUUUGGCAACGCUGUGUCCCGGGCCUGGAUUUCUACCUCCAUGCUGAGGAAUUUUGCUGGAUCAAGUAUGGAAGAAGGGAAUGGCUUGGACAAGCUGAGGGGCCAAAUUGGGAAGAAGAAUCUCAAAGCGGCUCUGAGGAUGGCAAGAGAAGCAGAGCAAAUGAACAUUCAGGAGAGAAUAAGGAUGUUUGGAUUCCACAGACGGUUCAGCGAGGGAGCCUUACCCAAGGACCUACAAGGAGAUUGCUUUGACUUCACCUGCAGGCUUCCUGCCAAGAUGGCUCUAAGGCCAGGAGCUGAGAAAAGGAACCCUUGGAGGCCCAACAAGAGUCAAGAGAAGCUUCCUCCUGGCACCCUGGCGAUGAAAGCAGAUAUGAACAUCAAGAACAAAAUCAAGACAAACGAGCACCAAAGAACCAAUGUGGCAAGUGAAGGUGUCCCCUUGUCCAAGAAGAGCCGGAGAGAGGGGCCGUUGCCCAAAGCUGAAGCUGGAUCAGGCAUAGCAAAGGGACGGCAGAAAGGCCACCAAGGUUUGAGGAAACCCUCCUCUGUGUCACGGCACAGAGGAAACCCUCCUCUGUGUGCAGACAGCACUUCUUCCCAGUUAAAGUUCUCUAGUUAUCUAAGAAAGAAAAACAGUUUGGAGGAGGCCAAAAGCAAGGGCAGCACCGGCCUGGAGGAACCAAGUGAGCCCUUGCCAUCUGACCAAGAUGGAGAGGAAACCUUCAGCAGCCAGGAGACAAUUCGCUGUGAAGAAUGACUCUCCUGAAGACUUUUCCUUGGCCUUCUUUGAAGAGGAGCCUCUGGAGUGUGAGCCACCAGCCCUUGGAAUGAAA